CUGCCAUCGCCACCCUUCAUCGACGCGCCGGGCCUGGCGAAUCUGCGUGACGUGGGUGGCUAUGAGAUCGCGGGCCCCUCCCACCGCCCGCCACACCAGAUGGUGAGGCGCGGGCUGCUGUAUCGCUCGGCCGACCCUUCUGGGCUCACGGCCGAGGGCGUGGCCGUGCUAUCGGACCAGCUGGGCAUCAAGACCGUCUUCGACCUCAGGUCCGUCGUUGAGCUCUCGCGCGACGGCACCCCGCCCACGCCUUCGUGGGACGGCUCGGCCUCCGUCUUCGUCCCCAUCUUCCUCGACAAGGACUACAGCCCCGAGGCGCUCGCCGUGCGCUUCAACAACUACAGCGAUGGACUCGAGGGAUUCGUGCGCGCCUAUAGCUCCAUCCUAGCCGCCGCCGCCGACCCAGGACACCCUCACGCGCCGUUCCGCACUAUAUUCGAGUCGCUGGCGUCCGCGCCGCCCUCGCCGCUGCUGGUCCACUGUACAGCUGGCAAAGACAGGACGGGCAUCUUCUGCGCCCUGGUGCUCGCCCUCUGCGGCGUCGACGACGAGGCCAUCGCCCACGACUACAGCCUGACCGACCUCGGGCUGGCGCAGCUCAAGGAGGCGACGGUGCAGAAGCUGAUUAACGGCGACGCGCUGCGGGGCGACCGCGCGCGCGCCGAGAGGAUGGUCAGUUCGCGAAAAGAAAACAUGCUCGCCACCCUCGCCACGCUGCGUGCUACGUACGGCUCCGUCGAGACGUACGUGACGGCCCACUGCGGGGUCCCGGCUGCGGCGGUCGAGCAGGUCCGCCGCAACUUCAUCGUCAACAUU